CACGCACACACCCGUCACCUCCCUCGCAUUCCUCUCUUCCUCCUCUUCUCUCUCUCUCUCGCAGAUCUCUCUGCCUCCAAUGACCACGGCGUCGGCGAAGACCAGCGCGUAGCGGCCGCCCCUCUGGUAUCCCGGAACCUGGAUGGCGUCCCCCACGGCGCCGCUCGGCGGCUCGACCCCGUCGGGUCGCGUGCUCGGCCCGGCGCUGGACCGCAUCAUCAAAAACGCGGCGUGGCGGAAGCACUCGGCCCUCGUCGCCGCGGCGAAGACGGCGCUCGACCUCCUAUCCUCCUCGUCCUACCCUCCGCACGACCCUACCUCGCCGCACCCUUCGCCGCUCCUCGGCCUGCCCGCCGCCGCCGCCGCCGCCUCACUGCACGCGCUGAUCCUCGCCCUCGAGUCCGCGUCCCCCAAGGUCGCCGACCCGGCGCUCGACUGCGUCGCCAAGCUCCUCUACCACCGCCUCCUCCUCGGCGACCUCGGUGCAGCCAGCGACGACUCCCCUCCUUCCAAGCUCCUCACCGCCGUCCUCUCAUGCGGCGCCCUUAACGACGAUGCCAUGGAGCUCUCUACCCUCCGCGUACUCGUCGCUGCCGCAAGAUGCCCCUCAAUCACUAUCCGUGGCGAGGGCCUCGGCCAGGUUCUCAAGACCUGUUAUAAUAUAUACCUCAGCAGCAGCAGCAGUGCCAACCAGCUCUGUGCGAAGCUGGCACUUGCGCAGGUGCUGGUGAUCGUAUUUGCGCGCGUUGAGGUGGACCUCAUGGAUGUGCGCGUGCAGACAGUAUCGAUCACGGAUAUGAUGGAUGUGUCUGAUCGCAGCCUGAAUGACUCCAGCAUCGUGCAUGUGGCACAGGGGUUUAUAAAUGACGCGAUGGAGGGGAGUGACGUGCCGGAGCCAGGGACUCCAGUGGGGAUGGCUGACGGGGAUGUGAAUGAGGACAAGGGGAUGAGCAAGAUCAGGGAGGAUGGGUUGGCGUUGUUCAAGAAUCUGUGCAAGCUGUCAAUGAAGUUCUCAACACCAGAUAACCCUGAGGACCAGGUGCUGUUGCGAGGGAAGGUGUUGUCUCUCGAGUUGCUCAAGAUGGUCGUCGACAAUGCUGGGGCAUUCUGGAGAACGGAUGAAAAGUACCUUGGAGCAAUCAAGCAGUAUCUUUGUCUGUCCUUGUUGAAGAACAGUGCCUUGUCAGCCAUGAGUAUUUUCCAGCUUUUGUGCUCCAUAUUUGUGGGUUUGCUGUCAAGGUUUAGAUCUGGGCUGAAAGAGGAAAUUGGAAUAUUUUUUCCGAUGCUUAUCCUAAGGGUUCUUGAGAAUGUCCAUCAACCUAGCUUUCUGCAGAAAAUGACGGUUCUAAAUUUGUUGGAGAAGAUCUGCAAAGAGUCUCAGGUUCUUAUUGAUAUCUUUGUGAACUAUGAUUGUGAUGUUGAUGCACCAAAUAUUUUUGAAAGGAUUGUCAAUGGACUUCUAAAAACUGCUCUAGGAGUUACUCCUGGAUCUACAACAACGUUAACCCCAGCCCAAGACCAAACAUUUCGGAUUGAAUCAGUCAAGUGCCUUGCAACCAUACUAAAAUCGAUUGGUUCAUGGAUGGACCAACAGUUAAAAAUUGGUGAUUUUUCACCCAAACUUUCUGAAGUUUCUUUAAAUUCGUUGGACAAUCCUAACAUCUUUAUUGGAGAAGAUGGGAGUGGAAUUGAUUAUGAACUGCAAUCUGAAUCUUAUAUCCCAGACCUAUCUGGUGCUUCCUCACUUGAACAGCGCCGUGCUUAUAAAAUAGAACUUCAGAAAGGAAUUUCCUUGUUUAACAGAAAACCUUCAAAGGGUAUUGAUUUUCUCACUAAAAGCAAGAAGAUAGGUCAUUCUCCAGAAGAUGUCGCUUCUUUCUUGAGAAACACUUCUGGUUUAAAUGCAUCAAUGAUUGGGGACUAUUUGGGCGAAAGAGAUGAAUUUCCUAUCAAAGUUAUGCAUGCAUAUGUUGAUGCACUGAAUUUCGAAGGUAUGGACUUCGGUGAAGCCAUUAGGCAUUAUUUGCGUGGUUUCAGGUUGCCUGGGGAAGCACAGAAAAUUGAUCGGGUCAUGGAAAAGUUUGCUGAACGAUACUGCAAAUGCAACCCAAAUUCUUUUACAAGUGCAGAUACUGCGUAUGUUCUUGCAUAUUCUGUAAUUAUGCUCAAUACUGAUGCUCACAAUAUGAUGGUCAAGGAUAAGAUGUCUAAAUCUGAUUUCAUUCGAAACAACCGAGGAAUUGAUGAUGGGAAGGACUUGCCUGAAGCUUAUCUGAGUACACUGUAUGACCAAAUUGUCAACAAUGAGAUCAAAAUGAGUGCUGAUUCAUCAGUUCCACAGAACAAGCAACCUAGUAGUGUAAUUAAGCUCUUGGGCCUAGACAAUAUUAUCAACCUUGUCAACUGGAAACAGGCUGAAGACAAAGCACUUGGAGCAAAUGAUUUGCUCAUCAAGAAUAUACAAGAAAAAUUCAAAGCAAAGAGUGGGAAAUCAGAAACUGUAUUUUAUGUUAUUACCGACACAACCAUUUUAAGAUUCAUGAUGGAGGUUUGUUGGGCCCCUAUGAUGGCUGCAUUCAGCAUGACACUUGACCAAUGUGAUGAUAAGGCUGCCACAUCACAGUGUUUGCAGGGAUUCAGAUCCGCAGUGCAUGUCACCUCCGUAAUGUGCAUGCAGACGCAAAGAGAUGCCUUUGUGACAUCUGUAGCCAAGUUCACAUACCUUCAUUGUGUUGCAGACAUGAAACAAAAGAAUGUGGAUGCUGUGAAGGCUAUAAUAUCCAUCGCAAUUGAAGAUGGCGAUUAUCUGCAGGAAGCUUGGGAGCAUGUGCUAACAUGUCUUUCCCGGUUUGAGCAUUUACAUCUUCUUGGAGAAGGAGCACCUACUGAUGCUUCAUUUUUGACAGCACCUAUGAUUGAGUCAGAAGAAAAAACACAGAAAUCAAGUACCACUACAGCUUCAAAACGAACUAAUGCUCUUCAGAAUCCAGCUGUAAUGGCUGCUGUUAGAGGCGGUUCUUAUGACAGCACAACAGCAAAAAAUAAUGCCUCGCCGCUAGUCACUUCUGAUCAGAUUAAUAAUUUCAUAUCAAACGUAAAUCUGUUAGACCAAAUUGGCAUUUUUGAGCUGAAUCAUAUAUUUGCUCAUAGCCAAAGAUUAAAUAGUAAUGCGAUUGUUGCUUUUGUGGAAGCUCUUUGCAAGGUCUCAAUCACAGAGCUGCAGUCACCUACAGAUCCUCGUAUCUUCUGCCUAACAAAGAUAGUGGAGAUUGCGCAUUACAAUAUGAACCGCAUACGUUUGGUGUGGUCUCGUAUUUGGAAAGUUCUAUCAGACUUCUUUGUGUCUGUUGGAUUAUCAGAAAAUCUUUCUGUUGCAAUAUUUGUCAUGGACUCUUUGAGGCAGCUAGCUAUGAAAUUUCUUGAAAGAGAGGAACUGGCAAAUUAUAAUUUCCAGAAUGAAUUCCUGCGACCUUUUGCAGUCGUUAUGCAGAAGAGCAAUGCUUCAGAAGUACGAGAACUUGUAGUUCGAUGCGUCUCCCAAAUGGUUUUGAGUCGUGUUAACAAUAUAAAAUCUGGAUGGAAAAGUGUUUUCACGGUGUUUACUGCAGCUGCCGCUGAUGAUCGAAAAAGUAUUGUUCUGCUGGCAUUUGAAACUAUGGAAAAGAUUGUUCGGGACUAUUUUCCAUACAUAACUGAGACUGAAACCACAACAUUCACCGAUUGUGUUAAAUGUCUCAUUACAUUCACAAGUAGUAAAUUUAGCAGCGAUGCCAGUCUCAAUGCUAUUGCAUUUCUUCGGUUCUGCGCUGUGAAACUUGCCGAGGAAGGAUUUGUUUGUCAUGAAAAGGAUGCCGAUCAUCAACCAAAUAGUAUAGAUUCUUCAGACGGGAAUGCCAUAGUGCACAAGGAUGAUCAUGUUUACUUCUGGGUUCCUUUGCUUGCUGGUCUAGCUAGAUUGACAACUGACACACGACCAACUAUCAGAAAAGGUGCAGUAGAAGUACUCUUUGAUAUUUUGAAGGAUCAUGGGCAACUCUUCUCGCAAUCCUUCUGGACCAAUAUCUUUGAAUCUGUUAUUUAUCCUCUAUUUAGCAGUGAAAUCUGUACACCCAAUGGCCAGAGUAAUAGCACCGAGGAUGAGUCUUGGAAUUUUGAAACUAAAACAGUGGCUGUGAAGUGUUUAGUGGAUUUGUAUGUUACAUUUUUUGAUGUGAUGCGGCCAGAACUCUCUAGAGUUACUUCUGUUGUUACCAAUUUUAUCAAAAGUCCUUAUAAACAAAAUGCUAGCACGGGUAUGUCUGUUUUUCAGCGUCUAACAGAUGGACUUGCAAGCAAACUCUCCAAGGAAGAAUGGAAAGAGAUCUUGUUGUGUUUUAAAGAAUCAGCAGCAGAUACGUUUGUUGUGUUUGACAAAAUAAUUAAGAUGAUGCUAGAUAUUCAAAUUCCAGAAAAAAAUGAAUCUUACUCUGAAGCAGGGCAAUAUUCAGAUCAUGAUAUAUACAAUGAGGACGAAGAAGAAGCUAAUAUGGAAACAUCAUCUUAUGCUAUUGUCAAGAUGAAGAAUCAUAUGGCUCUGCAACUCUUAAUUGUUCAGGGAAUUAUUAAAUUGUAUGAGACACACCGAAGAUCUUUUUGUGCUGAGCAUAUGGGUAUAAUGUUGGAGAUGUUAUCAGUCAUUACGUCUCAUGCAAGUGAAGUGAGCUCUGAAUCUGGUUUGCACAUGAAAUUCCACAAGGCAUGCUCCCUUCUGGAGAUAUCUGAGCCAGCAGUCAUCCACUUUGAAAAUGAGUCUUACCAGAGCUACCUCAGACUUCUGCAAGCUUUGCUUCACGACAAUCCAUCUUUGUCACAAUACAUGAAUAUUGAGAAGCAAAUUAUGCUUGUUUCUGUGAAAAUACUACGGACGUAUCUGAACUGUGCAGGUCACGGACCACCUAAGGAUGCUUCUCAUAGAGAUUCAGUUGUACAUUGGGCGCUGCCUUUGGGCUCUGCUAAGAAAGAGGAACUCUCUGCUAGAACAUCGUUGGUCCUUCAUGUAAUGCGUUUACUGAGUGGCCUAGAGAGGGAAUGCUUUAGGAGAAAUUUGCCACUCCUUUUCCCCUUAUUAGCUAAUCUGAUUCGCUGUGAGCAUAGCUCUGGAGAGGUUCAAGUUGCACUGUAUGAUAUCUUUCAGUCAUCAAUAGGCCCUAUAAUAUCAGUAUAGGAUAUACCAUUUGUCCAAAAAUUGUACAAUUUUGUCACUCCAUCGUGGUAAGGUAGCUUGAUUGGUGGUGGUUACAUAGGAAUAUGUGAUAAAAAAGAAAAAAAUUACUGCUUGACAUGGCUGUCAUGGGUUGAAACCUGUUCCUCCGGAGUUCUGGUGUUGAAGCAUCAUGUAACAUCAACCCAGAUGCCUGGAGGGAGGUCAUUUGAGGGGCAUUUGCCCUUCUUUCCUAACAUUAAUUUCAAUUCCUGGGUUCUCGCUGACAUCGCUGGCACUGAAGUCUGAUGAAAUCGGAACAAAGUAUUUCAACAGCUAUGUGGUGCUACAAGGGAGUGGCUGCUCACCAGUGACCAAAAUUUUGGGAUGUGUCAUUUUUCCCCCUUGUGGUAAUAAUCUUGUAUAGUGUUUCCUUUUGAACCGAGACUACAAUAAAGAGUCUCUCAUCUAUCAUGUUAAUUCUUGUUCCCUAUCUUUCUGCUCUCUUUGGAACGCUCUUAUUGUAUCUAUAUGGCUAUGGGUUUUAAAUUUUAAUUCCUAACUGCAAUCGUUGAAUGACA